AUGUGUAGUACAACGUCGAUUAGAACUGCUGCUAGUCUAAUUGUGUGUCGUUUAUCUGCUGGUUCUACUCCAGAUUUCUCUGUUCUCUUACUAAAAAGAUCCCCACAUGGUGCAUUUGGUGGCUUGACAGUGUUUCCUGGUGGUGCUAUUAGCCCAUCAGAUUUCGAUCCAUUAUGGACGAGAUCUACUUCCCACAGCACUAUUCCAUCACCCAUUUCCAAGGUUGGCUCCCAUCUUGCCAUAGCAGCUCUUAGAGAGACGUUUGAAGAAUCCGGCGUAUAUAUCACUCAUAAUCCACCUGAUUCGUCUAUACUCCAAGACUGGCGUGGUCGAGUCUAUAAUGAUGCCAGUCAGUUUCGUGUCAUGGCAAACCAGCUCAAUGCAUACCCUGCUCUCUCUCGGCUAGUAUACUGGGCAAAUUGGAUCACUCCCACAACCAUGCCAAAGCGAUUUGAUACUCAUUUUUUUAUGACCGUAGUGGAUCAGGAGUGUGGUUGGGGUGGACGUGUUGCAGCUGAUGGUGAUGAAACCAUCACUGCCGAGUGGAUGACACCUACUCAUGCGCUGUCUUUAUUUGAACAAAAGAAAAUAACAACUCUACCACCGCAAUUCAUCAUGCUGAAAGAGCUGUCAACCAUGUCCUUCUCACAGCUGAAAGGCAUGGUUGACUCGGCACAUACAUACUUGCGACCUAUCGAACCAAUAUUGCCAGAGUACAUUGGCAAAUCUGGUCAGGGUGAUGUAGUCAUGGCACUGCCUGGGGAUGAGCGGCAUUCGACAUCUUCACCUGGAUGGACAGGGAAAAGGCGUAUUACAUUGGUGAAAGAAAAUGGUCUAGUGACAGGAUUGAAACUGGAAGAAUCGACCACCACUGGCUUAAAGCUUUGA